AUGAAAAGAGACGAGCUGGUGGAUCUCAAGAGUGUCUGGGAUCCCGGGGGUAUGGGAGUUUUAAGAUGGGUUAGAAAAAGGAAUUUAAAAAGAAAAGAAAAAGAUCCCAAGAUAAAAAGAAAAAGAGGAGGUGGGGAUGUCAACGCCAGGGGAUGA